AUGACUUCGCCCUUUCUUGACGCUCAAGGCAACACCAUCCCAGAUGAGCAGAUACUAGGGAGCGGCAGCAGCGCGGUCGUGAUUGUUCAGAACGGCGUCGCUGUCAAGCUGCCGCUGCGGUGUCCCUGGUCUACCACUUAUGACGUUCAGGCAAGCAUCAAUAGCAUCCAACGCGAGCAGAAUGUCUAUCGCCGCCUACAGCAGCCACCGGACGAUGCCCGGUCAAGUGGUGUAGUGCGCUGCGUUAAGCUUGCCCCUGAGGCCACUCACCUUGCGUACAUGGCAAACGGCGAUCUGCGGACCUAUCUUUCUACGACACGGCCUCCUAGCGAGCUCCAGCUACGGUGGUUUCUCGAGAUGGCACAGGCACUUGACUACAUUCACGACAGAUGUGUGCUUAUCGCUGAUAUUGCUAGUCGAAACUUUCUCCUCGACGCCGAUCUAUCCCUGAAGAUAUGUGAUUUCUCAGAAGCCUCACUUCUACCCCUCGGCUCAGAUAUGCUUACCGUGGAUGAUAAUGGCUACACCACGCAGAUCGACAUUGGCCUACUUGGCACCGUCAUGUACGAGAUCGUGACGGGCGUUCAGUGCAAAGUCGAUCUAUACAAGGACAACGAUCCGGCCGAUGGCCGCGCGUACUGGCCGGCACGGGGCGCACUUCCGGACACGGAGAGCCUUGCCUUCGGUGGCAUUAUCGAGGGCUGCUGGAGCGGACGCUUUCUGAGCGCAGGCCAUCUGUCGCAGGCUUUGAAGGCUCUACGGUUCUCUGUUAUGCCCAGCGUCCCAUACUGGUUACGUGACUCCGUCAUUCAACGACCAAUGGUGGCUAUCAUCGGGGCGCUCGGCGUAGCUAUGUAUAUUUUCAUGGCUCGAAGGCAGCGUUCUUGA